CGUUGCUUACGAACUGGCGAUUUUCUGACAUAAGUUAAAGUUAGCUUCCAUUAGCUUCUGACCUGAGCUAAGUUGUUGAUCGUAAGCACGAUUUCAAGAAGAACGUACCAUACCUAUCAACUGACAAAGAGCGAAUAAUAAGAUAAUAAUCAGUGUGUACGUUUUGUGAUUUAUUAUUAAUGAUAAACUUUAAUUCGUAUUCCUCCAUAAUGAAUCACUAAAUAGAGACUACCUAUGAGAAAUUAUUUACAAACAUUAAAGAUACCCAACCUCAAUUAUGAACGUCAAACAUUCAAAAACGUCGUGUUUGGGGCCAACUUAAGAUAUCUCAACGAAAAUCCGGGUGUCUUAACAGCGGGAAGGGGAGAGCACGGAUCCUUGAAUUUUCUGAAACAAACAAAAAAUCGAUUAGAGUGAAAUUCCAAAAAUACAAUGUAUG